AUGGGCUACACCUCAUUCACCCUGUUCGCCGCAAUCCUCCUCCUUGUCAGCCUCAAGUCAGCGCCCAUCAAGGCCGAAAGACACAGCUUCUUUGAUGGGAGCGGUGAGAAAGAAUCCGACUGCUCUGAAGUGCUUCGCCAUAUCGACAUGCUUGUGAGACAGUACAGUGCCGCCAUCGCAUCUGAAGCACACCGAGGUAUGCUACGGCCAUUGACCACGAUGGCACUUCCAAAAUGA